AUAAGCAUCAGGCUGUGGUGAGAUUGAAUGAUGCCCCGACAAGAGGAUUUGAAGACUUUGUUGGGUCAAGGCCGGCCACGCUGAGAUUUUUCAGCAAUUUGUACACGGAGUUGUUGGUGGAGGAUGCAGCAGAAACUUUCUUGGCCCUGGACAAACAUCAGACGACUUUGCUGACCUGGGAUCACUGCUGCUGCGGAUACAGACACUAUUCCUAUUGUUGGGAAUUCACAGCAGAAGACUCAGUGAGGAAAUUGGAUCUCAGUGUUUUCACCCCAGGGGAGAAUAAUC